CCGCUAUUCCACCGCUAUCAGACUGUACACAAAUCGGACUUCUGAUCGAAAUCGUUCAAUGCCAUUCAAUGCUAGUCAGCGACUGCUGAAAGUUUAAACAAAUCGAUCGGUUGGCGCACGAACACAACGUCACCAUGGGCAAUAAGUCGUCGCUAUUCCUGCGGAACGAGGAGAUCGCGCAGAUCCAGGAGGAGACUGGCUUCACUCCCAACCAGAUUGAGCGCCUGUACUCGCGCUUCACCUCGUUGGAUCGCAACGACUGCGGAACUCUGUCCCGGGAGGAUCUGAUGCGCAUCCCGGAGCUUGCCAUCAACCCGCUGUGCGAGCGGAUAGUGCACUCCUUCUUUGCCGAGAGCAACGACGAUCGGGUGAACUUCCGGCAGUUCAUGAACGUGUUGGCCCACUUCCGCCCGUUGAGGGAUAACAAGCAGAGCAAGCUGAACAGCCGCGAGGAAAAGCUGAAGUUUGCCUUCAAGAUGUACGACCUGGACGACGAUGGUGUGAUCAGCCGGGACGAGCUGCUGUCUAUCCUGCACAUGAUGGUGGGCGCGAACAUCAGCCAGGACCAGCUGGUGAGCAUUGCGGAACGGACUAUCCUGGAGGCGGAUCUGUGCUGCCAGGGCAAGAUCUCCUUCGAGGACUUCUGUAAAGCUCUGGACCGCACCGACGUGGACCAGAAGAUGUCCAUACGGUUUCUCAACUAGGUGGACUUAGGGAUCACGAGGAAAGAGCGAGCUUCUUAGUCAGUGUGUACCAAAUAGUUUAGGACGGAGUCAGACGAGAGGCAUUUCGGUGGGCUACUUAAACCUCUGAUGAUUUUGAAACAUUAAUUCAGUUGCUAUUAAACCAGUUGUUUCUAAAAUGAAAAAAAAAUGUCUCAAAGUGCUUUAAGCCAUUACAAAAAUAAUUUAAUGUAUAUUUAAGAUGUAAAAUGUCAUUUAUUUUCAUUUAAAGAACACAGGUGCUACAAGUGUAGUAAAAAAGAUCCAAUAUCUGAAUCAGAGUACGAAUCUUGAAAUUUGUGAUGACGUAAUAAAUUCCGUACAUUUUUUGAGACUUUCUUAAACCACACCAUAUUUUUGCUUGAAAAUCUUCAAAGGUUUCGGGAAUGCUCCGGAUUAACUUGUAUUAGUAGUUGUUAUAAAGAACGAUACGCUAUUUUCUUUUUGUUAAUACUUUGUUUUGUCGAUAGCAAACUCAUUCCGAUCAGAGUAAAUUCUAAUCUUGUGUUUGGCUGCUUUCAAAUAAAAACCAAGCGGAUUGAACAUAA